UGCUAGAGCGAAAGCUCAUUAAGCAGGAAGUGUUUGUCCAGAAAGCCGCACUGCGCUUAGCGGUUCGCAAAUUAUAUCCGUGCCUAAUACUUGUAGCCUUGCAUGAAGAGGCAUGGUCGCAAACACUGUUCCGUGCUGUGAAUCAAUUUAUGCUAGGUUGCAGGCCAUCGCAGUAGGUGGAUGCCAUCGCUAUUAGGUUGGAGGUCAUUGCUAUUAUGCUCUUGCGCCACCACGGCUUGCAGACAUAGCCAUGCCCGGCUCACAGCUGGGGAGCCAUGGCACACCUUACCAAUGCCAAACUGAUAGCCUUUGGAGCCUUCCUUUGGCUUUGGGUGGUUGUGGCGAGCAAUAGAUCAGAAGAGUGCCCUGCCCCUCAGCAAGGUCGCUGCCUUGUGCAGGGCAAGGCAGAAAAGAGCUUGAAGGGGCGAGCUCAAGCGCCUGAACAAGAUGCUCAGAGGCCUCUGCAGCUGGGAAAACCGCUUGGUGUGCUCUUCGUCUCCACACAUCAGCUCCAAAAUGAGGAUCAGCUGGUAAAUGCUGUCCGCAAUGCGUGCAACCAGCUCUUCUGCGAGCUACAUGUGGUGGAUGAGCCAUAUGUUCCGUUGGACGAGGCAAACAUAGCAGUUGUCAUGGGCAACACCUCCUUGUCCCAGAACCCAAGCACCAGAGCUGUUGCCCUGGAGCUGUCUCAGGAUUCACCCGAAGGAGUGAUUCCAGUGGUAAAGAUCCAGCAUUUGCAAGAAGACCGUCAAGCCCCAGAACCAGAACUACUUGAAGUCAAUGAGGCAAGCCUUCCAUAUGCCAGGAGUGGCCAAGUUGGAGUUUGACGAAAUCACUUCGUGAGGUCUCUGACAUCUCUGAAGACCUCUCAUUUCGAGGGAACUUGAUGGACAGAGAUGGUGAAGGGUGAUGCCAACAGGCGAUCGAUAAGCGAUCGACGUCAGAUUCCAGUUCUUGUUGUCAACGGACAUGGACAAACUUUUUUCUGGCCUACGUACGCCACAGAAUCAAAGAAGAAGUCCCGCUUUUCCUGCAGAUACGAUCGAGUUGAGGUGGCUUAUAAUCGUACAAACCUCGCGUUGAGUUGAGACGAGAUACAGUAAUUGUACAGGAUGUUGUGCAGCUGCCACACUCUUUGCAUGUUCGCUUCUAGGCACCUACACCAUCUUGCUGAAAGCUGAUACAAGCUGCAACAGCUUGUGGUCUCCAAGGAUUGAUGCCCGUUAGUGCCAAAGUUGAAGAAGGGACAAAACUUGAGUCAAUUGAACUUCUAUAUUCGACAAGGUCAUCAAUCCAAAGCCUGAGAGUGAGAUUGAAGAAAAGGACUCUGCUUGCAUUGAAGCACAGAUGAUGCGAUUCUUGUGGUGAGAUGGCCUGUGAGACUGUGAGACUCAAUACUUUGAGAUACUAUGUGUUCGUUCAUGUUUCAUGUCAAGUUCUGUUUUUAUGCAUGUGUAACCGUGCAAGACAUCUUUGCUGCGGAUCCCAGGUGGACGCUGCUAGACGUGCCAGGCAUGCCAAGCCAGCUCGCAAACGGACUUGCAAGGUCAACUCACCGACGGCCUCGGGCCAUUCAGUCCGGAGAGGACUUCCUUCCGGAUACUGUGAUCCGCAGAGACCACUGCAGAGAAGCUGCUUGCGCAAGAGUAGCUCACAAUCUCAUUGAGACUUUGAUUCGGGUGAAGAUGUAAUGCUUGUUGAUGCGCACAGCGAGCAAAAUCGACUCCAAAAAUACCAGAGCAUC